AACGACUUGACUUCGCAGGUCCACCGGUACAAUCAUCUUGGUGUCACAAUAAUCUUCUGCUCCUGUUGACUAUUUGAACACUGCAAAAGACUCAUUGCAGUUUUCUAUCUUCGCUGAAACCCUCUUUCAUUCAUCAAAGAGAUCGAUCAGUUCUGCCAUACAAGAGUAUCAUGAGCAUGGACUUGACAGAACAAGAGACUGAAUGGGCUCAUGCCAUCAAGGAGGCUCUCGCCAGUAAAGAUUCGGAACUUGCCAAUAAGAUUACUGAUUUUGAAUACGCUCACCAUGCCAUUAUUGCCAAGGAAAAAGUGGACCGGGCAUUGAAGCGCAUUCAGCGGUUGGACACAUUCCGCCAAGAACAUGACAUUCCACCCGCGACGGAAAUCCACGCCGAAGACGCCUUGCAAAUGAUACAGAGAUUCUCGGCCAUUUGUCCCGGUAUCUACAUGGCCUUUGGAAAACACAGUACUAUUAAUAGUACAAGCACGGAGGGAGACGGCGAUGCCAAAGAGGAAAGUCAUUAUGUGUCCACCUGGGACUAUUCGGCGUUUCUACCGGUCAACAUUGCUACGCCUGAAGAUUGGAAGACUUGCGUGGCUUCCUUCUACUAUUUGUUGGAUGCCUGUCACCCAGAUAUUACUGCCAUGAGAAAUGGAUUGGUCAUGCUCACCGAAGCACAAGGCCUGGGAUGGAAAAAUUUUAGUUUAGAAAUGGAAAAACGGGCAGCUCAUCUUUAUCAAGAUGCCUAUCCCGUCAGAUACCAAGCCAUGAUUAUGCUGCAUCCUCCAAAGAUAUUCGAGGCAAUGUACGCCCUGGUCAAGCCAUUCCUCAACAAAAAGAUCAAGGAUUGCAUCCAACUCAGUGGAAACCUAGAACAAGUUCAGGCCAAGUUCACCAAGGAGGUUCUACCAACGACAAUGGGCGGGACACAAACACAGGAAGAUAUGGAACAAGCCAUGCUAGAAGCACUCAAAACAAGAUAUGCAAACAUGGCGUCCUUCAAACUACCUGAAAAAGGACACAAGGGACCUGCGCCUCUCGUACCGACAACCAACGAAUAUGAAGAUGAAGUCGAGACCUAGUUAGCUAGUUAGCGAGCUAGCGAGCUUUAGUUUUUUGACGUUGCACAAGAGGUGAGAGCUCGCUGCCCCUGACAUGGAAAUCAAAAGUGACAUCUUUCGGGCUGGAUCUGAUUUGAUUCAAUCUGCAAAACUGGCACAGGCUCGAGAGGUUUGCAAAGAG